UCUGCAUAUUUGAGCAAGAAUUAUGGGAUUAUUUGACAAACUAGCAGGAUGGCUUGGACUGAAGAAAAAGGAAGUUCAUGUUUUGUGCCUUGGUUUGGACAACAGUGGCAAAACGACAAUUAUAAAUAAACUUAAACCUUCAAAUGCUCAAACUCAAGACAUAGUUCCAACAAUAGGAUUCAGUAUAGAGAAAUUCAAGACAUCCAGUUUGUCUUUCACAGUGUUCGAUAUGUCAGGCCAAGGCAGAUACAGAAAUCUCUGGGAACACUACUACAAAGAAGGCCAAGCCAUUAUUUUUGUCAUUGAUAGCAGUGACAAAUUAAGAAUGGUUGUGGCCAAAGAAGAACUUGACACUCUUCUGAAUCAUCCAGAUGUUAAGCACCGUCGACUGCCUAUUCUGUUCUUUGCUAACAAGAUGGACCUCAGGGAUGCAAUAUCAUCUGUGAAAGUAUCUCAGUUAUUGUCGUUAGAAAACAUCAAAGACAAACCCUGGCACAUCUGUGCCAGUGAUGCUCUCAAAGGAGAAGGAUUACAAGAAGGUGUGGAUUGGCUCCAAGAUCAAAUCACACAAUCAGAUUCAAGCAAUGAAGACAUGAGAGGUCAAUAAAAGAUGUAUGCCAUUGUCUUAUAAACUUUGUCAUUAAAUGUAUAGGCCUCUUGUAUAGGAGGAAGGAUUUAAUGAAACCAAACAACUCAGCGAAAUAUUCUGUAGUCUU